AACCUGUAUAUACCAUCACAGCGAGGAAAGUCGUGAGGUGUGUUUUGAGCAAGGCUGGAACAAAAACCUGCACACCAGUUCUCCAGGGCUUAGGGUUGGACAUCCUGGCAUCUGCUCCAAUAUACCGAGGAUCCUUUCAUGUUUUAGAUUUCAACAUGUCCUUGAGUGCAGUCCACUCCACACUGUCUAGUCUGAAAACAUGUCAGACGGAUAUUGACGGGAUGGACAUUGUGACCGACGUUGCUCUGGACGUGGCAGAGACCGCAGGUAGGUUAGUGGCACAUCUCUAUCAGAGAGACACUAGUGGCAGAGACAGCAGGCACCUGUCUGCCCCCUCCCAGCACCUGUCUGCCCCCUCCCAGCACCUGUCUGCCCCCUCCCAGCACCUGUCUGCCCCCCUCCCAGCACCUGUCUGCCCCCCUCCCAGCACCUGUCUGCCCCCCUCCCAGCACCUGUCUGCCCCCUCCCAGCACCUGUCUGCCCCCCCCCCUCCCAGCACCUCACCUGUCUGCCCCCCCCCCCCCAGCACCUGUCUGAUGAUACCUGUUCUCCAGGUGAGGAACCAGGAGCCCGAGGCCAUGUUCAGACUGAAGUCUCUGGUGAAGGAGAAGUUCACUGAGAGACACGGCCGUCUGUCUGAGGGAGAGCUGCAGAACCACGUCAAGCUGGUCAGCUUUAAGGAGAACGUCAGAAACACACUCAAAACAGUGAACCCUGAGGCAGCAGAGGAUAUGGACGAGGAGCUGGAUGAGGAUGUUGCUGUGACGCAGAGUGAGGUUAACUUCACCUGUCCCCUGACUCAGGUGGAGAUGGUGAACCCAAUGAAGAACAAGAAGUGUAACCACCACUACGACCGGGACGCCAUUAUGGGGAUGAUCAAGGCCAGGCAAAACCAGAAGAAGAAGUUACGCUGUCCGGUGGUUGGCUGUGGCAACACGGACGUGAAGCAGGGAGACCUGAUCCUAGAUCAGAUUAUGAAGAGACAGAUCCAGAAGAGGUAGACUACCGAGGCAUGAUUCUGGUCCAGAAGAGGUAGACUACCGAGACACUAUUCUGGGGUACGCCAACUCAUCAAACCUGACAAUAAUAAUUAGACUUUUAUUUAAGUGAGGAAAAAACAUGACAUUUUGUUGUUGUUGUGACCAAAUGUUACCUUGCUGCUGUGUCUGAUCGUAAUUGUUCGUCACAGAAUUGCACUCUUCUGAAGUUUUAUAUAACAAAACCUCUCUUUAUUUAUACAUAAGGGCUUCAUAUUUUUUAGUCAGUUCAAUAAAGGUUUAUUUUGGGGGGGGGGGGGUAGGCUGUCAUUGUAAAUAAUAAUUAUUUUAUUGUUCUGACUUGCCUAGUUAAAUAAAAAAUACAUUUUAAAAAUCCUAUAGCCUUUGGUGUUGAGAACCUGCAGUUACUGUCAUAGACCAGUGGGGGGCAGUGUCGUCCCUGGAAUACACCACAAAGGGAUCAGGAGAGGUGACUCAGGUCAUGAAGAGAGAUGCUGGAUAAUCAGCCUACUUAUUCUGAGAGAGUUGGGCUAAAUGAAUCAGAGAAUGUGGGUUUCCUAAAUACUUACAAACAACAAAUAUCAUGUCUGUAAACAUACAAAGUGAAAAGGUUAUUGAAUCAAGGAUGUGGAAAUGAAAUGAAAUCUAUUUUCAGUUCCAUCCUAAAAGUAGACCAUUUCAUUGUGUGAAAUCUGUGAAUCAAUUCAGUUGAGUGAUUAAAUCUGCCUCCCCUCCUGCUCUCCCCCUGCCUCUCCUCUACUGCCUCCCUCUCCUGCCUCUCCCUCUCCUGCCUCUCCCUCUCCUGCCUCUCCCUCUCCUGCCUCUUCUCUCCUGCCUCUCCCUCUACUGCCUCUCCCUCUACUGCCUCAACUCUCCUGCCUCUUCUCCCCUGCCUCUUCUCCCCUGCCUCUCCUCUUCUGCCUCUCCUGCCUCUCUCUCUCUCGCCUCUUCUCUCCUGCCUCCCUCUACUGCCUCUCCUGCCUCUCCCUCUCCUGCCUCAACUCUCCUGCCUCAACUCUCCUGCCUCUUCUCCCCUGCCUCUCCUCUUCUGCCUCUCCUCUUCUGCCUCUCCUGCCUCUCUCUCUCUCGCCUCUCUCUCCUGCCUCUCUCUCUCCUGCCUCUCUCCUCCCUCCCUCUCUUGCCUCUCUCUCUCCUCCCUCCCUCUCUUGCCUCUCCCUCUCCUGCCUCUCCUCUCCUGCCUCUCCUCUUCUGCCUCUCCCCCUGCCUCUCUCUCCUGCCUCUCCCUCUCCUGCCUCUCUCUCUCCUCCCUCUCCUGCCUCUCCCUCUCCUGCCUCUCCUCCCCUGCCUCUCCUCUUCUGCCUCUCCUGCCUCUCUCUCUCCUCCCUCUCCCUCUCCUGCCUCUCUCUCUCCUCCCUCCCCUGCCUCUCCCUCUCCUGCCUCUCCCGCCUCUCUCUCUCCUCCCUCUCCUACCUCCAUGUAAACUGAAGACUCUUUGUUCACAGGACAGAAACAAACAGAGAGUGUGCUGAGAUGGAACUAAGUGAAGCUAAUCUUUUAAUAAUCUUACGUCAGGUUUUUUAAUAAGAUUUCAGAUGCAGCUUUGCUUAUUGUCCCCCCCCCCCCCCCACCUCAUCUAUUUCUGCGUUCCAAAUUGCACCCUAUUCCUUGUGUAGUGCACUAUUAUUGACCAGGGCCCAUAGGGUGUCGUUUGGGACGUAGGCUCUUGAAGGGUAGGGCAUGCCGUACUCACCAUUUGCAGACAGAAUUGAGAGUGGAGAAAUGAUUUACAGACAAACGAUACAACAUUUAUUUCGAGUCAUUUAUUCACAUUAAAUCUGGGUCAGUUUUGUAUUAAAAAUCCACGCUUUCUGCUCGUUUUCAACGUAGUUUCAUCACAGUUAAUUUCACAGCAGUUUUUAGUUUGUGUUGGCAAACCGAUGAACACUCACCAUUAGUGCCAGCCUGUUCAAUCUCUUAGGCCUGGGUCUGAAUAUUAUACUCCAUACACUUCACUCUGUUUGUCCCACAUGGCGCCCCAUUCCCUUUCACUGCUUUGGAAUGAUUGGGGAGCAAAUAGCCACUUUGGAGGUGACUUUUUAAAACCAUAUGAAUACAGAUUUCAGGAAGUGUGACUACUUUUUAAAACUAUUUGAAUACAGAUUUCAGGAAGUGGCUACUUUUUAAAACUAUUUGAAUACAGAUUUCAGGAAGUGUGGCUACUUUUUAAAACUAUUUGAAUACAGAUUUCAGGAAGUGUGACUACUUUUUAAAACUAUUUGAAUACAGAUUUCAGGAAGUGUGACUACUUUUUAAAACUAUUUGAAUACAGAUUUCAGGAAGUGUGACUACUUUUUAAAACUAUUUGAAUCCAGAUUUCAGCAAGUGACUACUUUUUAAAACUAUUUGAAUGCAGAUUUCAGGAAGUGUGACUACUUUUUAAAACUAUUUGAAUACAGAUUUCAGGAAGUGUGACUACUUUUUAAAACUAUUUGAAUACAGAUUUCAGGAAGUGUGACUACUUUUUAAAACUAUUUGAAUACAGAUUUCAGCAAGUGACUACUUUUUAAAACUAUUUGAAUGCAGAUUUCAGGAAGUGUGACUACUUUUUAAAACUAUUUGAAUACAGAUUUCAGGAAGUGUGACUACUUUUUAAAACUAUUUGAAUACAGAUUUCAGCAAGUGACUACUUUUUUAAACUAUUUGAAUACAGAUUUCAGGAAGUGUGACUACUUUUUAAAACUAUUUGAAUACAGAUUUCAGGAAGUGACUACUUUUUAAAACUAUUUGAAUACAGAUUUCAGGAAGUGUGACUACUUUUUAAAACUAUUUGAAUACAGAUUUCAGGAAGUGUGACUACUUUUUAAAACUAUUUGAAUACAGAUUUCAGGAAGUGUGACUACUUUUUAAAACUAUUUGAAUACAGAUUUCAGGAAGUGUGACUACUUUUUAAAACUAUUUGAAUGCAGAUUUCAGGAAGUGUGACUACUUUUUAAAACUAUUUGAAUGCAGAUUUCAGGAAGUGUGACUACUUUUUGGAUUGACUGCCUUCUAUCUUCAACCAAUCUCUGACCGUCAUAUUAGCAGAUACCCAUAGACUUCUAGCCGUUGCGCUAACGCUAGUUAGCAACAUCCUUCAAACUGCACGCAGACAUACAAAUUGUGUCCACAAGUUCAUCUGAUUCUGGGCAGGUAGAUAAAGGACCUCAUUGCCCCAAAUCCCCAAGUAUCCCUUCAAAAGGGACAGUUUACUAGGAACACGAACGAACCUGAUUAUCCACCUUCCUUGGCUGUAGUUGAUUCAAGACGACAGUUUUUGGGAUGUUUAGUUUCCUUUCGACACUUAAUAGUCAUAUUUUGUUACUGUUCGCGAUAACACUUAAUAACACAUUAAACUGUUCUGGUGCCUGUGUUAUACAACUGCAAUUACUUUUUUUUUAGAGCAGCAUAUUGUUACAUAAUAUUUUGGGUAAUUGCAUUUUAAUUGCAUAGCGAUGAGCUGAGAGUUUUUUUCUUCUUCCAACUACUGUACAGAAGGAAUAGUGAUGUAUCCUUAUUCCACGUUAUGUAAUGACUCCAUUGUGACGUCAUAAAGACAUUUCCAACGUUCUGCGUCCUCUUAACAACAAUGACGCUGUUGUCAUAAUCACAAAGUUACUACACUUAUAUAAGAACCGGAUGUCGUGUUUUAUAGCACACUCAUUGUAAAUGUAUAUAUAUUUGUUAGACCACUUUGGCAGUUUAAAAAUGACUAUGUUGAUUCUAUAUCCCUCAUGUGUUUAAUUAUAGGCUUUAUGGUAUAUUAGUAUCUGAGUGCUCCAGUGUGUUAAAAUAAUCAUAUAUUUAGACUAAUUCAAACUAACUGUUGUCGUUUUUGGGUUUUUCAUCAAAUAUUUGGCAGCUAUCAAAUAUGUUUUUAUUUACAUUUGUUCAAAUAACUUCUAUGUUGUUUAUAUUGUAUGUAUUUAUUUAUUUUAAUCCCAGCCCCCUGUCCCCGCAGGAGGCCUUUUGGUAGGCCUUCAUUGUAAAUAAGAAUUUGUUCUUAACUGACUUGCCUAGUUAAAUAAAGGAUAAAUAAAUAAAAUA